AUGUCACCAUUGCUGUUUGUUUUAGCUAUGGAGUACUUGUCUAGAGUCUUGAAAAAAAUUGCGAGGGACAAGGAGUUUCGUUUUCAUGAAAGAUGUGCGGAUUUACAACUUAAUCAUCUAUGCUUCGUUGAUGAUGUGGUGUUAUUUACUCAUGGUGAUUUUAAAUCAGUUUAUAGAGUGCUUCAAGGCUUUGAAUUAUUCUCUCAAUCUUCGGGGUUACAAGCUAACUAUAGCAAAUCGAAACUCAUAAGCAAUGGUAUUCCAGAAGUUGAGGUUCAAAGAAUUUUAUCGGUGUCCAAGCUAAAGAGAGGCAAUCUUCCUUUUCAGUAUCUUGGUAUUCCUAUUAGUGCAAAGAAAUUCUCACCUUGUGAUUAUGAAGGUUUAAUUGAUAAAAUGGUGGAUAGAAUUAAAAAUUGGAGCUGGAAGUUCUUAUCUUUUGCUGGGAGACUUACUCUCAUUAAUUCAGUCUUAAUAUCUUUCCAUACAUAUUGGGCUCAUAUUGUAGUACUACCUAAGAGAGUUUUGUGUAGAAUUAAUGAGAUUUGUAGAGCUUUUUUAUGGAAAGGAUUGGCUGAGUUUGGAGGGCCGGGGAGUGUGGCAUGGGAUGAUGUGUGUAAAAGCAAGUAUAAAGGAGGCUUGGGUAUUCGACAUAUUGAUCUGUGGAAUUUGGCAGCUUUGAGGAAGUAUGUUUGGGCUAUUGCUGCUAAUAAGGAAAACAUGUGGGUUAAGUGGAUACAUUCGGUUUACCUUAAGGGAGAACAUUGGUGGGAAUAUGAGCCUCCUUUGCAAUCCAUCUUAUAUUGGAAGAAGAUUACAGAAGUAAAAAAUAGAUUGAAGGAGUUUUACUCCUUUCAAUCUUUUAUCUCUAUAAGGUAUAGCAUUACAGAAGUUUAUGGCAAGUUUAGGGGAGUUCUAGAGAGUGGGAAUUUAGCUUGGACUAGAUAUAUUUGGAAUGCUUAUUUAGUGCCCAAGCAUGCUUUUAUCACUUGGCUAGCUACACUGAACAGAUUGAAAACAAAAGCUCAACUUCAUCAUAUUGGAGUUGCAAGUGAUCCAACUUGUUUGAUUUGUGGUAAUGCUAAGGAAGAUGGUAUCCAUCUAUUUUUUUCUUGUUGUUAUAGCAGGAAAUGUAUCACUGAGAUCAAGCAUUGGCUGGGGUGGAAUUCAAAUUCUGAAAGUUUGCAAGGUCUCUUGAGAUGGCUAGCUAGAGGGAAGGGCAUAUAUCUCAAUUUCAGAGAGGAAUUUAUGCUACUAGUUUAG